AUGAGUUCCGAGAAAAACGCAACCACGCCAACCCCGGUGUUGUGCGAGAACAACUGCGGGUUCUACGGGAACCCCGCGAACAACAACUUGUGCUCAAAAUGUUAUCGAGAGUUCCAAGAAAAGAAGAAAAAAGAAAUAUCGGACAUGGAGAAAAUAAACGAAAAAAAUAUUACAGAAAAUUUGCAUAAUUACAAAAAAAUAAAUAGUCUAAUGGAUCCAAGUUAUAUAAGCAAUAAAAAGAUUGAAGCCGAGAAGCCCCCUUUUAUGAAAAAUGAAAACCCCCUACCUCAGGAGCAGGAAUCCACCUCAACUAACAUAAAUAUAAACAACGUCGAAAAGGAAAACAAGGAUAAUAAUGAUAGUAACGAAAAUCCAAGCGUAAGUAUCUCUAGCAAUGUUGUUCCCAGCGCAACAAAGGAUGAGAGCAGUAGUAGCAAUGUGAACGAAGCUGAGGACAAGAAUAAAUGCUUCUUCUGUUGCAAGCGUAUUGGACUGUUGGGAAUUAAGUGCAGAUGCAACCACUACUUCUGCUCUCUUCACAGAUAUGCUGAUGCGCAUAACUGCACUUUUGAUUAUAAAAACUAUCACAAGCAACAGUUAAUAAAAAAUAACGUCAAGGUUGUUGCAGACAAGGUCAAGAAAAUAUAA